AUGAUGCAGACCCAGCGCCUGGCGGGCGCGUCCCAGCAGCGGGCGGCGCGCCCCAGUGCCCGGAGCAGCAGGAGCAGCAGCGAUGGCCCGCGUCGCGCUGUCGUGGUGCGCGCGGCUGCGGGCGCAGACGCCGCGGAGCCUCUGCUGGUGCGUGCAGCCAGGGGAGAGGCGGUCGACCGGGCGCCCUGCUGGAUGAUGCGGCAGGCCGGCAGGUACCAGGCGGCGUACCGCGAGCUGGCCCUGAAGCACCCCUCCUUCCGCGCCCGCAGCGAAACGACAGAGCUGAUUGUGGACAUCUCGCUGCAGCCGUUCCGCAGCUUCCGCCCUGACGGCGUGAUCCUAUUCAGCGACAUCCUCACGCCGCUGCCCGGCAUCGGCAUCCCCUUUGAGAUCGACGAUAACAAGGGGCCCCUCAUCGACAACCCCAUUCGCUCCAUGGAGCAGGCGAGCACCCCGCCGGCCGCGCGCCGCAGCUGGCGAUGGGAGCGCGCCGGGCGCGGGCGCGGCUUGGGCAGGUUCCAUCAGCAGCCCGGGUCGGGCGCCUGGGAGCGUCUCGGCACUGGACUGUCCCAGCUCCACGCCCUCGACCUGUCGAAGCUGACGUUUGUGGGGGACGCGCUGGGGCAGCUACGCGCGGAGGUCGGCGGCGCGGCGGCGGUGCUGGGCUUUGUGGGGUCCCCCUGGACCCUGGCCACGUACCUGGUCGAGGGUGCCAGCAGCAGCCUGUACAAGACAAUCAAGUCCAUGGCCUACAGCAACCCCGCGCUGCUGGACGGCAUGCUGUCGCGCCUGGCUGACGCCAUGGCCGAGUACAUGUGCUACCAGAUCGAGGCCGGAGCGCAGGCCGUCCAGGUGUUUGACAGCUGGGGCGGGCAGCUGCCGCCCCGCGACUGGGACCGCUGGUCCGGCCCCUACCUCACGCGCAUGAUCGCGACCGUCAAGGCCCGCCACCCGCGCGUGCCCCUCACGCUCUACGCCAACGGCAGCGGCGGCCUGCUCGAGCGCAUGGGCGGCACCGGCGCUGACGUCAUCGGGCUGGACUGGACCGUCGACAUGGCGGACGCGAGGCGGCGGCUGGGUGACGUCAGCGUGCAGGGCAACGUCGACCCGACCGUGCUGUUUGCCGAGCGCGGCGCGAUCGAGGCGGCCGUGCGGGACUGCCUACUGAAGGCCGGCCCCCGCGGCCACAUCCUCAACCUCGGCCACGGCGUGCUGGUCGGGACGCCCGAGGAGGCGGUGGCGCACAUGUUUGAGCUGUCCAAGACAAUCAAGUACGCAGAUCUGGCCGAGCAGGUGCGGCAGGCCAAGCAGCCCGCGCUGGUCUGA